AUGAGACGUUUUUCUGCAUCUAUCUAUCUAUCUAUCUAUCUAUGUCUGUCUACCUUCACUUUUACUAUUAAAAUAUCUUUCUUUUUUUCCUUCUUUCUUUCAUUUUUCUCACUUUCUUUCUUUCUUACUUUCUUUCUUUCUUUCUUUCUUCCUUCCUUUCAUUUUUUCUUUCUUUUUUUCUUUAAACAAUUUAAGUCGUCCAUUUGUCUUUCAUUUUAUCUGUCAUUAAAACAUAUUCCCUAUUUCAUUAUUUUUUUUUUCCGUUCAACCAUUAAUUUUCUUUUACUUUCGAUCACAGUGUUUCAUUCUUUCAUGAUUUCGUUUUGCCUUUCUUUAAUAUUACUCUUUUAUUUCUUUCUGCCACAAAUUUACUGUGUCUUUUUUAAUUCUUUUCCAAUUUUUGAAUUCUUAUUCUCUUUUCAUUCAUUAAAUCUACAGCUGCCUGCUUUCUUUAUUUCACUUCCUUUUUCUUUUUAUUUUUUAAAUUCAUUCUUACACUCAUGUAUAUGCUUUCUUUCUUUCUUUCUUUUUUCUUUCUUUCUUUCUGUUCUCUGUUUUCAUCUUUAUUCUCAUCAUUUUUCUAUUUCUCUGCGAUCAUGUCUUUCAAACGGUCUAUGCACAUUUUUACAUCGUUUUAUACUUAUCUCUUUUUUUUAA